GUUGAAAAGACCUUGACCGGUUUUUAAAACAUUUUGUUACUGUUUGCUAAGGAUGGCAACCAAUACGGUUUUCCACCCGGAUGAUACCAACUCUGACAGUAUUUCUUCGAAACAGAAACGUCUAGCACAUAUAUUUCUCAGUCCUUUUAGGCGAUUCAACCAUAAUUGCAGGAAAAGACCAAACAAGCAGUUAUCAACAUCUGGUUUUGAUGAAAAAAUUGUUGUGUUCAAAACAGACAACUGUGAGAAAAGUCCCCUUGACAAUUCCGGUGAAGAAACAGAUGUAUCACAUUUUCUUGGAAAUAAUCAUGAAAAUGGGGAACUCUCUGUCGCAGUAAGUCGUCUGGAAUCAGCAUGUAUAACUCCUGUGGAUGAUUACCAACUCACUGAAACGCGUAAAGCGCUUACCAAGAUAAGUACAGGUGUUGGAAGGUUGACUACAGACGUUACAUCAAGUCCCGAUCACCAUUCCAAAACUUCAUGUAAAAAGACCAGUGAAAUGCAAAAGAAUGUAACACCUCAGUCACCAAAAUGUUCACAAUCGCAACCUUCAUAUUCAAAGCCUUCUGGAGGUAUUUGUGAUACAUGUAACCAAACAACGAUCUAUUCUCCCAAAGUGGAUCCAGUACUUUGCAGUAAAAGCGGUGUCAAAAAUUUAUCUGUUGCCUGCAAUGCAAUGGUACUACCUGUAUCUAAUUCAGACUUCUCUUCGGUGGAACAUCGUAUUAGUUCUGAGUCAUCUCAUCAUUCUGCAUGUUCAUUAGAUUCUACGCAAAAUUUGAAGCUUCAAUCAGCCGUGUCUAACUCUCACAUUUCCUCCAAUAAUUUAAAGUGUCCAAUUCAGAAUAAUACUAAUGGUUCGAUUGAUUGCGAAUUUGAAGCUUAUUGUCCUCCAGAUUCAAUUGAUGCAGUUGUUUCUACUGAAUGUUCAGUAAUAUCGACUCCCAACUGUGUUCAUUCAUUUUCAUCCUCCUUAUCAGUACCACAUAAUAAUGAUUUCAAAGAAAGUGACCUUACUUCCAGCUCUAAUCACAUGUCUAAAAAUUUACGCCUACCUAGUCGCACUUAUCCGUUUGGCAAAGAAUGUCGCUUUAUUUUCUAUAAUUGUGCAGAUAUCGAUGAAGAAGAUGCAUAUAAUUUGUCCCCACCCAAUCAAACGCUUGCAUCACUUAUCAAGUCACGUCAAGAACACAAAGAUAUGUGGUUGCGAAGAGCUGAUCGCAUCAAUCGAUUUCUAGCCUGCAGACCUUGUCGUGACGACUUAAUUUCCAAAAAUAUUAUUCCCAGCACCACCCUGGAGGCUCGCGCUGAACUUCGAAUCGAUAUUGAAGCCUCACUUGAGCGUCGACUUAACCAACGCCCUACAACAGAUGAACUUCAACAAAAGAAUAUCCUGCAUGUUGAUACAGAAGAAGUGCGCAACAGGAUUAAAGAAGAACGAAAGCAAAUUUUAACUCGCAAGUUGUCAUUUCGACCAACUGUUGAAGAACUCCGCCGACGUAAAAUCAUACGUUUCAAUGAUUAUGUUGAGGUCAGUGAAGCUGAUGCUUAUGAUCGUCGAACAGAUAAACCAUGGACUCGGUUAACUCUACGUGAUAAAGCAGAUAUAAGGAAAGAGCUAAACGAAUUUAAAGCCACUGAGAUGGAUGUUCAUGCUGAAAGUCGACAUUAUACCAGGUAUCACAGACCUUAGGAAACAAGGUAUCUUCAACUGACAAAUGAAUAUUCUCAUGCAACCAUAUUUUCGAUUAAGCAAUCUGCAAAUUAUGCACCAUCUUUGGCCAAUAAUCAUAAUUCAAUGCUGAGCUGUGUACAUAAACAAUCUUUUGAAUAGUGAUGAUUUAUUUGAACUUUGUGAUUUUAUAGCGUAUUUCUAGAAAUAGCGAUUCCUUUUGUACAGUUUUUCUAAUCAUUAUGACAAUGCUAGUUCCUUGCAAAUACACUUGAUAAUAUGAUUUCUUACAUAUAUGGUGUUAGUACUAAAAGUCUUAAGCAUCUAUUGAAUAGCAUUUCCUUUACGCAAAUGUCUAGAAUAACAUUCAAUCACGCUGAGAUAGUGCAGCACCGAACAAAAUAUAAACACGAUAAGCAGUAUUAAGCUGAGGAAUAUGUCUACCAACAAUACUGGAUUUACGUGCAGAUGAGUUCAGUGAACCGACAGAUUUUCUUACAUUGUGUAAUUUAAAACAAGGGCGGCUUUCUAUACGUUGCUUAAAACCAUGUAUGCUGUCACCUUAAUUGUCAUACCAUUUACUGAGUUUCAGCAAAAAAAUGCAGCGGCCCAAAUUGUCACACUCCAUGUAGUACACGAAGGUGCAUAAGAGAUUCCAAAGAGCUGAAAGGAAGUAGAAAUAUACUGGAGAAAGAAAAAGUAGGAAUGUAGUAGAAUAUGGGUAUUCAGUGGGUAUGGGAGAUCCUAAAGAGUGAAUAAAUACCCACCACUGACACCGAUCUUCAACCAUAUCACCAACAUAGAGCAACCCAAAGAUCCCUAAUCACGCAGUCUACGCCUCCCUACAUGGCUCAAAUGUAAGACUUCACAGAUUGAAGUCAGUAUGACCACCCCUAAAUCUUUUUAAACUGAUCCUAGGUUGGAUUACAUUGCACGUCAAGGAAGGCGAUGACCUGAAAUGUAAAACACAUGUCGUAGCCCAAUCAGCGUAGCUAGAUAGCGUCAUCGAUCAACCUUCCUCUUUUUGCCUAGCACCCUACGCCUGACCUCAGUAUUACUUACCAUAUUAUUCCGCUUAACACGGGAGACAGGUUGCUAAAACAUAUGAUCAAAGACAACCGACCUUUUCGUAGGUGCCACUCUCAAUGGCCUCA